GCUGAUUUUUUUAUUUCUUCUUCUUCUUCUCCUCCAAUUUUCUCUUUUGUGUUUUUCCUCUUGUUAAUCCGAUGAGAUGAAUGAAAUUGUAGAUCUUCUCAGUAUUUUCUAGUUAAGUUGAUGUUUGAGUACACCUAAAUUUGAUGUGGGUUUUGUUUUAUUUGUUCAAAAUUUGUGAUUUAUGAACAAAUGGGUUCAUUAAGUUUAGUUGCUUUAGCUUCUAAAAUUGCAAAAGAUAAACAUGUAUUUGCAGUUUGACAAAAUAGUAUUAGUAUUCUAGCUUUAGAAGCCAAACAAAAAUAAACAUUUUACCCUGUUUUUCAUGUUACUUUUCAUUUUCUUUUCAAUAAAAUUGAACAUUUUAGUAUAAAACCAUCUAUUACCUUCCUAUUAUACAAAAUGUGUCUGCAAUACUUAAUUAAGUAACAUGAUUGAUACUCUUUUUUCUUUUGGGAUUCAAUUUGAUCAUGAUGUUGUCAUUUUUAAUUGGAAAAUAGGUAUAAUGGAUUCUCAGCAAUUGUGCGAUGUUGAAUCCUUUAUGAUUCUCGAGGAGAUUGUGGUGCAUUCCUAUAUUGUCCUUAUCUGCUUUUUUAUGGCUAUUUACAGCAUGUUAUUAAGAAAACAAUCUACAAAUAGGCGGGGCAUUCGAUAUUGUAUGAGUGCUAGAAUUCCAAAAAUCUUGUCUCAUCUGAAUGUUCUCAUUCGUGACAAUGAUAUUGUAUGUAUUGACAAGCUUAGGAUGGAUAGAAACGCCUUUCACAUAUUAGCCUCCUUAGCCAAGAAUAUUGGAGGUUUGACUGACAGUAAAAUAUGUCGAGUACUGAAAAGUUAGCAAUGUUUUUAAAUAUUUUGGCUCAUCAUGAAAAGAACAGGUCUAUCAAAGUUGAUUAUAUUAGAUCGGGGUGGAGUGUAAGUCGAGCCUUUAAUGAAUGUCUAAGAGCUAUUCUUAAACUAACUCCAGUGUUACUUGUUAAACUUAAUCCGGUGCUCGAAGAUGAUAGUGAUGAUCGAUGGAAAUGGUUUAAGGUAGGUAAAUUUCAAUCUAACAUUUGAUUUACUACAAUAAACUUGAAAUAUUAUGGUGAAAGUAUUUUUAUUUUUAAUAGUCAUUUAGUAUUUAGAUUUGAAUUUAUCUUAUAGGGUUGUCUUGGUGCAUUGGAUGGUACUUACAUUUCCAUUAGAGUUGAAGCAAUAUAUAAACCAAGAUACAGAAUACGGAAAGGAGAUAUAGCAACUAAUGUCUUGGGGGUUUGUGAUAGAAAUCUCAACUUUAUUUAUGUAUUACCUGGUUGGGAGGGAUCAGCCGCUGAUGGUCGUGUAUUGCGAGAUGCUGUUGUACGAAGAAAUGGGUUGAAAGUACCUCAUGGCAAUUACUAUUUGUGCGACGGAGGAUAUACAAAUGGAAAUGGUUUUCUGUCUCCCUAUCGAGGAUAUAGAUAUUGGCUAAAGGAUUGGCAAGAUUGAAAUGGCUAGUUUUCCUGCUGCAACAUCCAACACGUCCAGAAAGAGGGCAAGAAAAUCAACACCUUCAUGUCGAAGGAUAUGGACUCCAGAAGAGGAACUUACUCUUAUAGUUGGAUUAAAAGAAUUGUGUGUUAAUGGUUGGAGAGGAGAUAAUGGAACCUUUAGACAUGGAUAUUUAAUGGAAUUGGAACACUACAUGAAUGCUCGUCAUCCUAGUUGUGGAUUGAAAUUUCUACCACAUGUUGAUUCUAAAAUAAGAGCAUGGAAAAAGAGUUAUGCAACCAUAUCGUUGCUAAAGAGUCGAAGUGGUUUAGGAUUUCAAUAUAGUGACGAAAGUAUCUUAGUUGAUUAUCCAAAAGCUUGGGAUGACUUGAUAAAGGUUGAUCCAAAUGCCAAAUCAAUGAACUUAAAAAAAUGGCCAUUAUUUGCUGACUGGGAAGAGAUAUUUGGCAAGGAUAGAGCUACUGGAGAGUUUGCAGAAGGUCCAGAAGAUGCUGUUGAAGAAAUAGAAAGAAUUGAAUCUCAAGAAAUUACUAAUGGCAUGUCUGUGAGAUUUCCUAUUGAUGUUGUCGACAAAGAUGAUGCUUCAGGCACAAGAGAAAAUCAAGCUGCUCAAGAGGAACCUAAUGUAUCAACUGGAGCAACACAAAGUCCAUUUACUGCUCAAGCUGAACCUAAUGAAUCAACUGGAGCAGCACAAAGUUCAUUCACCGCUACAAAAGGUGAAACCCAUCAAUCUCAGAAAAAGGGCAACUGUUUUAAAGCAUCAUCUUCUAAAGUCAACGAAAAAGGUAGAUGCAAAAAAAGAAAAACAGUUGAAGGUGAUAAUGAGACUGUUCUUAAAGGUUUGAUGGAGGUGAUGAAACAAUUCACUGAAAGCCAUGAUAAGAGAAUGGCUUUUUUAAUUGACAAGCUAGGAGAGCGUGAUCUAUCUGAAAUUCGUGGUAAGAUAUUUUCUAUUAUUGGAUCCCCUGCAUAUGAAAUAUACAACUCAAAUGAACGAGUUAAGGCAGCAAUGGGAAUUACUCAAGAUAUAAAGAGAAUGGAAUUCUUCUUAAGCAUCAGCGAACUUGAAUGUCACAGUAUGAUAUGGAUGAUUAUUAAUGAUAAGCUUUAAUUCACUGAAUGGUUUUUGUGUAGCUAUUUUGUAAGGUCUAACCAUAGUGGGAUCUUUUGUUACCUAGUAGAAUGUCCACAAAUGUGCAUAUAUGUGAAUGUUGUGGGCUUAAAGUAGGUUAUUUUUGUAUAACAAAUACAUGAUUAUGUUCAAUAUUAGUGCUUUUGUAAGUAGCCAACUAAAAUGAUCUUCAGAUUGCUCAAGCAGUUGAUCCAAACGGUAAGUUCAUCAUCUUCUACAAGAUGUUUUUAUUUUCUUCUUCUCUGAGACUAUAUUGAACUUUUCUUUUCUCGCAGACUAUUCAACAGUUGGGGUAAUCACAAAGAUCCAGUCAGAAGUACAAAGUACUCAGAUGCUAUUUUGUCAAGUGUUGUUAAGGCUGCUGUUUAUGUGUUUGUCAUUGAAGGAUAAUGUUACAAAAAUAGGGGACU